UGCAUGUAUAUAUAAGCAUGUACAGUGAUAUACUUAACCCUGUGGUUUAGAAUUGAGAUUAGUAAAAAUGAAUAGUUUUAAAAGAGAAGCUGCCUUGAGAAUUAUGAAUAUGCUUCUCUUGGCACUAACUUCCUGUCUCAUUCGUUUCGACUCCCAAACAAAAGUUCUAUUCUACACAUACAAAAAGACUGCAACAUUCCACGUUUUGGAUGCUUUAUAUGUUUUGGUGUGGAUAGAUGUUGCUGCAGCUGUCUACAAUUUUCUCCAGCUUAUCACAUGUUAUAAGAUGCAAAGAUUUGCCACAAACAGAUAUGUGUCUUGGGGAAUUUUCUUAUUAGACCAGGCUGCAGCGUACACAGUGUUUGGCGCGACGGCAGCGGCAGUCCAAGGGUCGGCAAUUGCGAUCACCGGCGCGAAGAGCUUCCAAUGGAUGAAGCUAUGCAACAGGUUCACCAGAUUCUGUUAUCAAAUAGGCGGAGCAUUGAUAUGUGGAUAUGUAGCAGCAGUUUUAAUGAUCAUAACUGCUUCCAUCUCAGCCUACUCGCUUUUCCGAUUUUAUUCACCCAAACGCUUCCUUAUGCUCAAGCCCAAAUAAUCCAUGUUAAUUAUCUUCUCACAAAGAUAUUCAUUACUACCAUUACACCUUUGGUUCAGCUUUCUAAAACUUGUUUCUGUUUAAUUCCCUGGUGUUCAACAAACUUCCAAGUAUUACUUUUUAGCCACUAUAAAAGCUAUGUGUCAUUAUGUUGUACGUUACGAUCUACGACUUAGGAAAUAAUAUUCCGAAGUUUUAAAUGUCA